AUGGCGAAACCUGAAACGCAGGGCAACAUGAGCGCCAUCACUUCCGUAGAGGAUGACCGCGUACUAAGUCAUGCAGAUAGAGACAGCGAGAUUGAAGCCUAUGCCGGCAUAACUGGGACACAUAUCGAUGAUGAAACCAACAAGAAGCUGUUUUGGACGGUCAAUAAGCGAAUCUUAGCUUGCAUGCUGGGAACGUACUUUUGCCAAUCUUUGGAUAAAGGAACUCUAGGCUUUGCGUCUGUGAUGAACAUCAAGGUAGAUGCUAAUCUGCAAGGCCAAGAUUAUAGUUGGUUAGGGACAAUUUUGUAUAUGGGUGUUCUCGUCGGCGAGUACCCUACAAAUCUGCUUCUUCAAAGACUUCCCGUCUCAAAAUAUCUCUCUGCCAAUGUAUUUUGUUGGGGUGUUGUUAUCGCUUGCUCGGCUGCAACCCAUAACUUCGGGUCUCUGAUGGCCGUCCGCUUCCUUCUUGGCAUCUUCGAGUCAUGCGUACAACCAGCAUUUAUUAUCAUGACUUCUAUGUGGUAUACUAAACAGGAACAAUCUAUCCUAACCUCACUCUGGUACUGUAUGACCGGGGUCCAGCUAAUGGUUGGGGGUUUAAUUGCCUAUGGCGCAAGUCACUUCCAAGGCCACUCACUCAAGUCUUGGCAGCUGCUCUUCCUCGUACUAGGAUGUGCCACUUGUGUCUGGGCUGUCUUCAUCGGCUGGUGGUUGCCGGAUAGUCCCAUGAAGGCCAAGUGCUUCAACGAAGACCAGAAGCGACUGAUGAUCGAGCGCGUACGUGCCAACGAAACGGGUAUCCAAAACAAAACGUAUAAGCGGUACCAGAUGCUCGAGACGAUAAAGGAUCCGGUGAUCUGGUGCUAUGUUAUGCUCCAGGUUACUUCUACCCUCGUUAUCGGCGGCCUUGGAGUGUUUAGCAAUCUGAUAAUCUCAGCGUUUGGAUUCUCAUAUCUUCAAACGCAGCUUCUUAACAUUGCCCAAGGGGCUGUUACCAUCAUAGUCAUGGUAGGAGGGGCUUGGCUAGUGACUUGGACGAACCAGACGGCUAUCAUCAUGCAUCUUUGGACACUUCCGGCUAUUAUCGGUACUGCCAUCAUAUAUUCGAUUCCUCCUAGCCCUACAAAUAAAGUCGGGCUCUUGAUCGCUUUUUACUGCACACAGUUCUACCUUGCCGAAGGUAAUAUGAUAUUUUCUUUGAUCUCCCGGAAUGUAGGGGGGCAAACGAAAAAAUCCACCACUCUAGCCAUGACCUUCAUCGGUUGGGCCGCCGGUAACAUGGCAGCUCCCCAGAUUUUCCAAGAAACAGAUGCGCCUCGGUAUCAAAAAGGGUUCACUGCCCACUUUUGUCUUUAUGUGUUAUUUAACCUGUUUUUAAUUCUCCUCCGAGUGUUGCUUGUCCGGAGGAACAUAUCUAAGCGCCGCGAUGCUUCUACGAUAGUCACUGGGGAACGGGAAGUCAUCUCGACUAAUAACGAAAAGAUCGAGCACGCCCAUGCAUUCGAUGACUUGACAGAUAAAGAAAAUCCCGAUUUUAGAUACGAACUAUAG